AUGACACCCCUCGAUCGGGUUGCAGAUUUUAGUUCUGAGUUCAAAAUUACUGAAAACUACCAGAUGUAUUGCUCAAGAGACUUGAAGAAACAGGGCCAGAUAUUGGGAGAUGUUCUACCGAGUGACCAGGGUCUAUGUGACCGCAAGACUACACUUGCAGGGGAUGAUCGUAUAUUCAUCGAUCUCACUCGAAUCUUUGAACAUGAUUCUGAGGUUCCAGGAGAGAAACUCCUCGAAGGUUCAAUCUCUAUAGUACACGGUGCUCAAGGAUAUCAUCGUUCGCCUUUAGCAGACAUUACUCAUCACAUAGUAUCAAUCAAUUUAGUGGUUUUACCAACUUACGAAGAUUUGAUUGCGUCUUUUCCUCCAGUCUCCCCAUUUAAAAUCUUUGAAGACCUCUGUGAGGCACAGUUGUGGGAGGCAAGAGGCAAAGACUUGGGAACUACGCUGGACCUUAGCAGUUCUGCAGGUAAAUCCAUAAGUAUUGAUGCAAUCGAUUUGAGUCAUGACCCAGAAGACGAAACGAGUAAGAAGUCAUCCGUUUUGUCGAAAAGCGUUUGUUCAAGCCCAUCGGGAAGCUUCCGAGAUCGGUUAUUCGCAUCUCAUAAAAUCACCAGUUCUUGCAAUGCUAGAUCUGCCGCAGCCGUCGUGCAUCUAGCUGAUAAACCAGACCAAGAUUCACCGGGCAACAAGCUGGAAUGCCGAGAAAGAAAGCGCAUUAUUGUUUCUUCGACUCGCAGGCCUCCUCAAGUUAAAAAGUCCAUGCAGGUAUGGUUAGAAUCAAUCAAUCGUCUGCUCGAUCCAUUCAGAGAAGACGACGAAUGCUGGUUUCACCCCGCGCCACCGCCUCCCCGCAUCACUCCCAUCGGUACGUGGCGUGCUUGCGGCAAUAUACAGAAAGCUUUCAGCUGGCAAGAUCACAAUGGGAAACACAGUCUUGUCUUAAAUUUUGGUAUAGUCUCCAAAAUUCUCUUUCACACAAUGACAAAACGACAGAAAGAUGGAUUUGUCAACAGGAAGUGGCACCUCAGCCAUCUUUGUGGGAAUUGGACAUGUUUGAAUCCUAACCAUACGACUGUUGAACCCGGCAAUGUUAACAUUAGCCGAAACAGUUGCUUUUCCCAUAGAGGCGGCUGCUCACAUGAGCCCAAAUGUAUGAAGGAAAAGAAAGCCAACUUGAGUGCCAAAGGCAUCCCCAUUUAUCAUAAUGACGAGAUCAUGCAAGAUGCUGAUACCCGUCCUAGUAGUGUAGAAGUUCAGGACUGGGGCAUGAAAAGUUUUGAUCUUGACCACAAUUUGUCUGAGCAUGAAAUGUUGCUCGUCAAUUAA